AUGUCUCCAUAUCGACUGGUGUUUGGAAAGGCCUGUCAUCUGCCCGUUGAGUUAGAGCAUAAGGCAUAUUGGGCAACUUAUUUGCUCAAUUUCAAUAUGAGGGCGGCAGGAGAAAAGAGGGUUCUACAACUCCAUGAGUUAGAGGAAUUUCGUUUGGAUUCAUAUGAGAAUGCAAAGAUUUACAAGGAGAAAACCAAGAGAUGGCAUGAUAUACAUAUAAGAGAGAAGGAUUUUGAAGUAGGCCAGCAAGUAUUGAUGUUCAACUCACGUCUCAAACUCUUUCCUAGAAAGCUAAAGUCUAGGCGGUCAGGUCCUUUCACAGUAGUAGCCAUGCUUCCACAUGGUGCUGUAGUGGUAGUAUCUUAG